UGGAAGCCAAUCAGUCUAGCUACGCAAGUGUUGCUUUGCAAGCCAGUUGAAGAUGUCCGGACGAGGCAAGGGAGGUAAAGGUUUGGGGAAAGGAGGCGCCAAGCGUCACCGUAAAGUUCUGCGCGAUAACAUCCAGGGUAUUACCAAGCCCGCCAUCCGCCGUCUGGCUCGCCGCGGCGGCGUCAAGCGUAUCUCCGGUUUGAUCUACGAGGAGACUCGCGGUGUGCUGAAGGUGUUCCUGGAGAACGUCAUCCGCGAUGCCGUCACCUACACCGAGCACGCCAAGAGGAAGACUGUGACCGCCAUGGAUGUAGUCUACGCACUCAAGAGACAAGGACGUACUUUGUACGGCUUUGGAGGUUAAACGCGUCACUCAUCGAACAACCAAAAAAGGUCCUUUUCAGGGCCACACACUAUCUACAAAGAGUUUAUGUUCCAUUUUGUUAAAAAAUGCAUGGAAACUGUAGAAAUGCGCUGAUGCUGUGGGUGCAAUUCUUUAGCUCACAAGAAACUUUACUCCAGUUGUAAUAGUUGACAACUACAAAGAUCCAAAUUCUACAAAUUUAACAACGAAAUAGCUAGGGGUGGUCGAUACUGCCAAUGUAGGCAUCACUCUGAUACCAAAUACAGGUCCAGCACUGCAGACACUGACACCUACUACAAGGGCAUGGAAUUGAUCGCAGCGAUUGUCAGGUCAGGUUGUCUUAGAAGAUGUUUCACUUCUCAACCGAGUAGGCCAAGCGAGAAGUCUAACCUGAACAGUCCAGUUGCAAUGGAUUCAAUGCCCUAAGAAUACUAUGACCUGGAUGAGACCAUGUUGCCUUUGCCUUUUAGCUUAUAUUAUACAUGUAUUUCAUUUGAAAAGCUGCUGUCCUUUAUUGUUGUAACGUUAUUGCACACUAUAUUUUCUUUUAUUUGUACUUUUUCCAUUUGUAUAAUUUCAAAAGCCUCAUGUGGACAAGUGUUGCAAAUUAGCACAUGUGCUAAAACACUCAAACAAUGCAUCUGGUUUGUCAAAUGUUAUUGUGAUGUCCACACAAAAUAACUAAAACUGUCAUUCAAAUCAGUCAGUGAUUAUUAACAGACUUGUUAAUAUUUCUUAACUUAUUAUAUUCGGGUAACGCUUGUUAAAAUUGUGAUAUCACUGAGUUGUGAUUAAAUGAAUUUCAUCACAUGCAUG